ACUGGUCAGUAUUUUUCACUGUUUAUUUCUCAAUUUUUAUAUUUGUAGUUGCUGCUGUUUAAAUCGAAGACUAAAUCAGCUAUCAAACCAUGACCCAUUGUGGAAAAGACACUGCAAGAAAUACUGGCUUAUUUCAGAAGAGGAGAAGAGCCGCCGAAAUCAGAGCUGGAAAGCCAUCUUCAUCAGCACCUACUCUGACCUGGGGAGGUACAUCCGCUACUACGCCACCCUGAAGAAAGCCUGGGAUGACCUGGAGAGGUACCUGGGGCAGCGGUGUCCGCGGAUGAUCGGCUCUCUGAAAGAGAGUGUCCGGGAGGAGGAUCUGGAUGCUGUGGAAGAACAGAUAGGUUGCAAACUCCCUGAUGACUAUCGCUGUUCGUUUCGGAUCCAUAAUGGACAGAAGCUGGUUGUUCCUGGUUUGAUGGGAAGCAUGGCUCUGUCGAACCACUACCGCUCUGAAGACUUGCUGGAUAUCGACACAGCAGCUGGGGGUUUCCAGCAGAGGCUGGGUCUGAAGCAGUGCCUCCCCCUGACCUUCUGCAUUCACACUGGCCUCAGCCAGUACAUGGCCCUGGAGAGCGUGGAGGGACGAAAUAAAUACGAGAUCUUCUACCAAUGUCCAGACCAAAUGGCUCGAAAUCCAUCUGCUAUCGAUAUGUUCAUCACAGGUACAUCUUACUUGGAGUGGUUUACAUCCUAUGUGAACGAAGUUGUGACUGGUGGUUACCCUAUCAUCAGAGACCAGAUUUUCAGGUAUGUCCAUGAUAAGGAAUGUGUUGCUACCACAGGAGAUAUUACUGUGUCUGUGUCCACAUCCUUUCUGCCUGAACUCAGUUCUGUGCACCCACCACACUAUUUCUUCACUUACAGAAUCAGGAUUGAAAUGUCCAAAGAUGCCCUUCCUGAGAAGGCCUGUCAGCUGGACAGCAGGUACUGGAGGAUAACCAACGCCAAAGGGGACGUAGACGAAGUUCAGGGUCCUGGAGUGGUUGGAGAGUUUCCAAUUAUCAGUCCAGGGAGAGUGUAUGAGUACACCAGCUGUACCACAUUUUCCACAACGUCUGGAUACAUGGAGGGGUAUUACACCUUCCACUGCCUCUACUACAAGGACAAAUUCUUCAACGUCACAAUUCCCAGAUUUUAUAUGGUGUGUCCAGCUUUUAAGGUGUCUACAGCACGCAUGGAAACCAAUCAUAAUGAGUAUGCAGUGGAUGAAGAGGAAGACUCCACGGACACGGAUGACUACGAGGAGCGCCGCCGGGUGUUGGACAUCCCUGCGCCGGCGGGACGCUGCCCACGGCACACCUGA